AUAAAAAUAAUAGUUUUUUUGUUAAGCAGACUGCAUUAAAUCUGCUUGAACAACAUUUACAUGUUUAUUUAGGUAAAUUAACGCUUCAGAUUAAUCAUCUUUUCACCGUCACAGGUGGCUGCUCCGCCUUUUUCCCUCUGUUCCCUCCCCAAUUCUGGAUACUUGACAGGUCAGACCCUUCUUUUUCUGUGUAUCAAUGUUUGCCAGUUGCUGUUACUGACUCUUAAACAUUACUGCUGCUGCUGCAGGCUGCUCUCUGUCUUUUAGGACCUUUAACCCAAAUUAACCUACUGCUCACAUCAAGAUAGCCUCCAUUGCAGUUUCUCCAGGACAAUUACACAGCAUCGACUCAACAGAGCAGUAUUCACCUGGAAAGAAGGAUUUUCUGUGGUGGCCCCAAUAAGUGGGAUUGUAUCACAACUGACGAUAGGACUGAAAGUGUCCUAGGAAUGGGAGCAAAGCAGAAAGAGCACCUUAAACAUUUGGAGCAAAAGGAAGGAGAAAAAAAUGAUCUUAAAUAUGCAAAUAUUACUUGCGAAACAAAUGAAGAAAAUCAUAAUACCAAAGAAGACAAGGCCAUCAAUGCACACAUAAGUAUGUCAUUGAGUGAGGGUAUUGGGGAAGUGUCCUGUUCCCACUGCCAAGAUGUCGAAAGAAUGGGAUUUAUUUGGGAAGAAAAUUCACAGAAAUCUGGCACUGAUACAGAUAAUAAAGCUGUAAACAAGGAUCAAAUACAUGAAAAGAAGAAUUGGGGUUUAAAGGGAACAAAAUCUUUGAAGAAAAAGAAGCCACCAGAUUCAGACCAAACUGGCCAAAGAAAAAAGUCCUACACAUAUGAUGAGAAGGUCCAAAAACUCAAUCAGGAAAAUCUAGAAAAGGCAACUGUUAUCCUAGUCAACAGCAGUCCUCCAGAAAGCUGCCCAGAAGAGGAGAGUUGCAUUUCUAUAGCCAUACAAAGUAGGAUACCAACGCCCCAAAGAACACCUAUAAUUAUCUCUGAAGAAAAGGAACACAUAUCUGCUUCUCCAGAUGAAUAUUCCAAUUCUGAACUACAAGCAAAAGACUUGUGCAACAGAUGUGUUGAAUGCACAGGCCAUUAUUCUCCUGGCGCUCAAGAUUUGGAGGGAAAAACAAAGCCUGUUGCUUUAUUUGAUGAGACUGAAAAAAGCAUUGAUGGAAAAAAUGAAUAUGAAGAUGCCGAAUAUGAUGAAGAAAUUGAAGAUGAGAUUGUAGAGAAAGAGGACAAGUCUGCUUUAGAUGCAGAAGAAGAAACAAAAUCAUUAAAAGGCUAUGGCAAAACAACUUAUAACACAGACGCUAUACAUGAUAUUUCACAAUAUCCUAGAGCUCAGGAAGUGGAAAGAGCAGAAUCAGUCUCUUCAGAAAGCAGCAGUACUAAUGAUACUUUGGCACUGCCAGAAGUAGAUUUGUCAGAGACAGAGCCCAGCUCAAACAGCGAAAGUCAAGUAACUGAUGAAACUGUUCUUAAAGAUGAUACCAAGAAAAGCUGGGUUGACACUGAAGGCACAGAAUUAAAGACUGAUAAGACUGAAGAUGUGGAAGAGAUAACAAUAAAUCUCAUCAUACCUGACAAGGAACCAGAGGCAGACUGUGAAAUUAAUGACAAAAAGGACCAAUCUGUUGAGGAGGAAGAUGCAGAGUUUUCUUUUGAUGUGUCACCGCCUCCCCCAGCACCCUUUACUCACCGAAUUGUCUCCGCUAAACAUGCACAGAUCAAUAGCUUUUAUACUGUGGAAACAUCAGAAAUGCUUGGAGGAGGACGAUUUGGUCAGGUACAUAGAUGUGCAGAAAAAUCCUCUGGUUUGUCGCUGGCAGCAAAAAUUAUUAAAGUCAAAAGCCAUAAAGAAAAGGAAGAAGUGAAAAAUGAAAUACAAGUCAUGAACCAACUGAACCAUGUGAAUCUUAUUCAGUUAUAUGAUGCCUUUGAGUCCAGAAAUGACAUAGUGCUCAUUAUGGAAUAUGUCGAAGGGGGUGAACUCUUUGAUAGAAUCAUUGAUGAAAAUUACAACCUGUCGGAAGCAGAUACAAUACAGUUCAUCAAGCAAAUCAUUGAAGGCAUCCAGUACAUGCACCAAAUGUAUAUUGUACAUCUUGAUCUUAAGCCUGAGAACAUUAUGUGUGUGAGUCGGACAGCAUAUCAGGUCAAAAUAAUCGAUUUUGGUCUCGCUAGAAGAUAUAAGCCAAGGGAGAAGCUGAAAGUGCAUUUUGGUACUCCUGAGUUCCUUGCUCCUGAAGUUGUGAACUAUGACUAUGUCUCAUUUCCCACAGACAUGUGGAGUGUAGGAGUCAUUGCAUACAUGCUAUUGAGUGGUCUCUCUCCUUUCCUUGGUGAAGAUUACAACGAGACACUAAACAACAUUCUGGCAUGUCAGUAUGAUUUUGAGGGAGAGGAAUUUGAAAAUAUAUCGGAGCCUGCAAAAGAUUUCAUCACUAAAUUGCUUAUAAAAGAAAAAUGCUGGAGAAUGAGUGCUACUGAAGCUUUGAAACAUCUGUGGUUAUCAGACUCCAAGCUACACUAUAGGAUCAGUCAGCAGUGUCUUGAAAACAUUUGCCCUGUGUCGGAUGCAUCAGGAAAUAAAUGACAUAUUCCAGUAUUAAAACAGAAGGCAUACCGCUGUGUGGUUUCUGCUGUGAAUAGUUAGGAAAAAAGUCAACAUUUCUAAUAUUCGGACCCUCCUUGGACUGAUUUAAGAAUUUAUCAGCUGGCCCAGUUCCUUUUCAACUGUUGGAUGGGUCUUGUUGUUAUUGAGCUAAUGUUCAUUUAGCUUUCACCUUCACCUUGCCUCUGAAUUCUAGAGUCUCUGGGUGUAUUUGUGGUGGUGAAUUCCUUCAUCUGACAUUUUAGAUCUUGGAGAAAGCAAGAGUAAAUUAUGCUUAGGGUAUCAAUCCCUUCAGGUUCCAUUAAUUACUUUGAAAACCCUCUUAACAUUCUACAUUUGAUUGUGUUCCUAAGUCUCGUAUAUAAUGCACAUAUUUUGUUGUGUAUGUGUAAUUCCCAUUUACUAUUUAUCUAUCAGUAAUUCCUUUCUGGGGCUGUCUGAAAUAACAAAAAUGACUAGCAGUCAUAGUCAGCUGCAUUUUCUACAUCCAAUCAUCUGCAUAGCAGAUUCCUAGUAGACAGAGUGUUAGAAAGAUUGGAAAAAUUUGUAAAUGGAGAGGAGGGCCUACUUUGUGAAUAAAUAAACCAAGAAGUAUACAUGAGAGUGUAACUUGAGCUAAUGAUUGAAUAUUCUAAUAUUGCACAGUUAUGCUGAAAGACAGUAUUAAAAAGGGUUGUUGCCUCAAAAUCUUCCACUGUAGACUGGAGUUAUGCCUUUUGGGCUAUAUUUCUAGCUGGCCCACCAGUUUCUCAAAUGCUCCAUGGAAAAGAUUUCAUUUCGAAAGUAUGAACUGAUUAAUAAAAGGGGGUUGACUACAUAACAAAUAAAAAACAUAUUCUUAUGCUGUAAGGUUCAAGUAUAUUAAUAUAUGCAGGACUGGUGCAUUAGUGUUCUGAACCUGCCACAAUUAAAUAUUUUUUUAAAAAAUAUUCCCAAGGAGAUCAGGCAGAUCAGCAACACUGAUGUAAAUUCUAAGAGAUACAAAGUUCUUCACCAAUUAACCUACCGUUAUGUGUGGAUGUUCUAAAAACAUUUACUGUAUUGUCAGUGGGUCACAAAAUACAUUUGAAUAUCUAGAGUAAGUGUAUUUAUACACAAUGGUGUAACUACUGAAGGCCCAGUAAGGAUUUUUAGGAGGGUGGUUGAUGAGUGAGAUCACACACAACAAGGUUUACAUUACAUAAGUGUGCACCUUGAGUAAAUGGGGCCUCAAAUAAGGGUUCCUUUGCAUGGUGCCCCAGAACUGUGAAUGGUGUUAUCAGCCAAUGUGAAGAAUAAGGGGACCAUCUUGGUUAAUAGAAUUCAAAAGUCAAGCAGUGUUACUAAUUCUGACAGUUUAUACACAAUCUUCAAUGUGCAAAUAUGCCAAUGAAAGGUUAAGGAGGAAAACAGAGGUGUCCAAAUUUGUGCUGGAAAUUCUAUUUCUCUGCUAUUUUUGUUUUUAUCCACUCUUGUUCAUAUGUUCCUUAAUAUGGCCAUUAUGACUAUGUACCACAAAGUGCCACACAAACUAUUUUUACUUUAAUGAUUUGGACCAUUACUAAAUUGUUCAUAAUUAUUUUUUUAAAAAUGUUCUUGCUAAUUGGUUAGGUUUGGAAACUAUUACUAAUAAGUUAUAUAUCAUUAUGUUCCGUGGUGCUGCUUUUAUAAUGAAGAUGGCGCACUUCAUCUUUAUUCAACACAUUACACCCACUCGUCCUAUAUAGUGUAAUAUGUGUACAAGAAGUGCUAUAGAAAUAAAAAUAUACAAACAUACAUAUUAAAAUGAAUCUUGAUAUUAUAAGAAAUUUCCUAAAACCCCCAGGAACAAGCCAGGAACCCUUCUGUUGGCUGAGACUGAAACAUUUGAAUAUAUGUGUGUCCUGCAGAAGCAUCUUCACCAUAACACAAGGUUGUGCAUUAAUAGACAUGUGUGAGCAUAUUAUAAUCAUCAGUUAUAGAGUGCAGGAACAUUAUGAUCCUUUUUGCAUUACACGUGACAAUUUACAUUGAUAUGUUCAUAAAUGGCACCUGUACCUCAUAUUUUAAAGUGAUAAUGACAUAUUCCAGAGGGGGAGUGGCAGUAUGUCCAUCAGGGCCAUAUUUACAGAGUGGGCGCCUCUAGGCCCACUGCUGUUUGUCACCCCUGUCACCUCCCCUUUAUUCAUGCAAAUUUUCAUCAUUGGGACAGGAGCUAUUGGGAUUGGCAUACGGGAAAUUUAAAAAAUGAUUGUAUCUCCUGCACAUCCCCAGUGUCUUUGAACCAAUGUGAGUGUGGUUGGGCAGCAUGCCACUCCCUAAAAUCCUGCUGCCCUAGGCCCAGGCCUUGGUGGCCUUUCCUGACAUCCAUCGUUACUUUUAAAAACUUGAUAGUGUUGUUUAUAAUUUCCAAAGCUAAACCCAUAUCCCCUCCCCAUCUUCGAUACUAAGCUAUAUCCGUCUUUUGAUUCUUGACCCAUCCACGAAGCAUAAUAUCUCACCAAACACAUUCUUUUGAAAUCAUACUUUUUUAAUGGGUAGUUCACCUUUAAAUUAACUUUUAGUAUGUUAUAGACUGACCCCAUCUAAAAAACUCAUAAGGCCACAAAGGUAUUGCUACUUUUUAUUAUGCAUCUUUUUAUUCAGGCCCUCUCCUAUUCAUAUUUCGGUCUCCUCUUCAUAACAGUGCAUGAUUGCUAUGGUAAUUUAGGCGGUCUCCUCUUCAUAACAGUGCAUGAUUGCUAUGGUAAUUUAGGCCCUAGCAACCAGAUUGCUGAAAGUACAAGCUGUAGAGCUGCUGAAUAAAAAGCUAAAAAAAAAACACAAAU